AUGCUUGUUAGAGUUGCUUCACGUAUAGAAUCAGAAGAUAGAGCAAAAGCCAGUAAAUUUAUAAAAGUGAAUCAAGAAUUACGGAGUCAAUUUGGAUUAAGUGAAAAUGAAGAUGUAGUACAAAAUUAUAAAGGUGUUUAUAAAUCAGGAAAUACUAAUGUAAAAGGAACAUUAUUUUUAACACAAAAUUACUUUUGUUUUAGAUCUUCUUCUGGGAAAAAAAUAUUUAUUAAAAUUCAAAUAUCAGAUUUAAAAGAUAUGAAUAAUCAAAUAAUGUUAUUAGAUGCCCAAGGUAGAAGAUAUGAGUUUUAUCCAACGUUUAAUAAAGAAGAAUGUUAUAAUCUAAUGCAUUAUCUUUUUCAAUUUCCAUUUGCAUUACUUGAUUUAAAUAUAUAUAAACAACAUACUGAAAUAUCAUCUGAGCAUUUAAACCAAGAAACAAAGUUUGAUAUUCAAACUGCACAAGAGGCAUUAGAUACUGCAGAAGAUAUGAGAAAAAUAAAAUUAGAUUCUUAUCAAAUGUUAGAGUGUCAACAAAGGAAAAUUGCAAUGAUUGAUCAAUUACUUAAUCAAACGGAUGUUUAUCUUGGUGAAAUAGAAGAAAGUAUUAAAGCAACAACAUCUUUAGUUUAUGAAUUAAAAUUAAGAUAUACUAAAAAAAAGGUAAAACCUGCACCACUACAAGAAACACCAAUUCUUCAACAACAAAUAAUUCAAAAUCCACCUCAAAAAGUUGAAAUUAAUAUUAUAUGGAAAUUAGAAGGAGAUAAUUUAAUUCCUGCUAUAAUGACAAUAUAUAAUGAUAAAGUUGUUUUAGAAGAAACUAGUAAUGAAAAAAAGAAACUUUUAACCAGAGAAUUUGCUAUUGUUGAUAUGAUUGGAUUAUUUAUGAGAUCAAGACCAUUACAUAUGAAUAUUGCAUUAAAUCAUAAUUCAAAGGAAAAAGGAAGAGUUAGAAUUGUUAGUGUUUCAUUACAAUUUAUUUGUAAUGAACUGUAUAUAAGAUAUUUAAAAUUAACUAAUGAACAAUUAGGUGUUAUUUUUGAACCUAAUUCUCGUGUAUUUGAUUAUGGAGAUACAUUAAUUACCAAAACAUUUAUGAAUUGUGGUCCUAUCAAAGGACAAAUUAAAUUUGAACAAGAUGAAGACUUUGCAUUAAAUCUACUUACUGGUAAAGACCGUGAAGACUAUCUUGUCUUAAAGAAAACUAAUCAAAAAACUUUAAAUAUUCUUGAUGAAUGUGAUAAAUUAGGUCAAAAGACAAUUCAAAUGGCUGAAGAUUCUGCUAAUGCUAUUGAAUCAGUUAGUUUAAGAAUGAAAGCACAAAAAGAAUUAAUGAAUUCAUAUAAACAAAAGAGUGAUCAAAUACUUAAAUAG